GCUCCUCAUCCAUUCAAUCACAUACACAAUACAAACAAACUUCACUCAACCACACUCCUCCAUUUAUGAUUAUCUACACUCUCACUCCUUCUGUGUGAAUAUCCGUUUCCCCCAAUUUCCUCGCCAUGGCUGGUCUCCUCGAAACCCUCAUCGUCCCACGCGCCUCCGCCUCCCUCCUUCCCGUAGUCGGAUCCACCUCCAUCCGAUUCUCUAACUUCAGCGGACUCAAGAUCCACCCAACUCGCCCCUCCGUCAAGCUCACUUCAACUCGGAAAGCGCGACUUGCUAGUAGAAUCGUCUGUGAGGCGCAGGACACAGCUGUCGAAGCGCCUCCUGCUGUCACCGAUUCAACUUGGCAGUCUCUCGUACUUGAAUCCGACCUACCCGUUCUUGUUGAGUUUUGGGCUCCGUGGUGUGGGCCGUGCCGUAUGAUCCACCCUGUUAUCGACAAGCUGGCCCUGCAAUAUGCCGGGAAGCUCAAGGUGUACAAGGUUAACACUGAUGAAUCCCCUUCAAUCGCGACCCAGUACGGAAUCCGGAGCAUUCCAACUGUGAUAGUGUUCAAGAAUGGUGAGAAGAAAGAUGCAGUGAUAGGUGCUGUACCAGAAUCUACAUUGACGACAUGCAUAGAAAAAUUCUUGUAGAGUGUUGUGUUUUGGGGCUUCAAGCCCUGUUCCAUCUUUAUCGGCCACUUCAAAUAAUUGCUUUGAUAGCCCUUAAUUAUAAGAUCUUGUAUAGUGGAUGCUGCUGUAUUAAUAUAUUAUCUUGGAGAUAAUAUAGAUGUUAUCAUUCAUCCUU